AUGUCGAUCAACGGGCGGAGUAGCUCGCAACAACAGCACCAACGAGAUGGCAUCGCACCGAAACGUGAGCCAGGAUGGUCAAUUGCGAUCAAAAACUUCAAUCCACAAUGGUUUACCGUAUCAAUGGACACAGGCAUUCUGUCCAUAAUAAUGAACCUCCUGCCCUGGCAAUUUCGCGGUCUAGGCGUCCUCGCAACGAUAAUGUUCGUCUUCAAUAUCGUCCUCUUCACGGUCUUCGCUCUCAUCUCGCUGUUGCGCCUCACGAAAUUCCCACGCCACGUCAAGAUGCAGACACUCACCCACGAAGAAGAACUCUCGUUCCUCGGCGCGCCAGCCAUCGCAUACUUGACACUGGUAGCGCAGGUAACACUCACGUGCUCCACAGCAUGGGGAUACGGCUGGACUGUCUUCGCGUACGUACUGUGGUGGAUAGGCCUGGUAUGGACAGUGACGCUGUGUAGCUUCCAGGUCAUAGUGCUUGCGAAGCGGGACAUAACCGUUGAUCGUAAACUCAGUCCUGCGAUUCUGCUUCCGCUCAUCUCCGUCAUGACGCUUGGUACGACGGGCGGUUUGAUCACGAAUUACUCUGUUGGGUUGAGUGCCAGCAUGGCCGUUCCUGUUAUUGUUACAGGAUACAUGUGCAUCGGCUACGCUUUCUUCCUCUCGCUUCUCUACUACGCGUUCAUUGCUCAUAAACUUAUCGCUGUCGGCCUGCCCCCGCCGAUGAAGAUCCCCAGUCUGGUCAUUACGGUGGGUCCUGUUGGACAAUUUGCUACGGCGAUUCAAGUCUUGAGCACGGCGGCGAGUACGAGAGGCAUGUUUGGUAGCUAUAACCAAGGGACGUGGCUACAAGCUAGUGCAGCGAGUAGUGUGAGUGCGGCUGCGACGUUGAUUGCGUUGUUAUCAUUGGGCUUUGGUUUCUUGUGGAUCACGGUGUCAUGGUAUAUCGUGGUUGAGGCUCUCAUCAAGAGGCAGCUGCCGUUUAGUUUGACAUGGUGGAGUCUUAUCUUCCCAAUGGGUGUCUUCACGACUGGCCUCCUCAACCUUUCGAUAUCGCUCAAUUCGACUGCCUUCCGCGGCUUCACUACAGCCCUUCUCAUAUUCAUGUUGAUCAUCUACUUUGUCAACUGGGGUGGCACGUUGUACCGGAUCUAUACCAAGCAGGCAUUGGGAGUGCCUCAACAGCGAGAGGAAGAAGACGAACAAGCCAAAGAGAAAAAGGAGACGAUGGACCGAUACGUUGUGAGAAAUGGAGGCCACAACGCGUAG